UGUGAGCCUCCAGGAACCUGUAAUUCUUCAUGUUGCUCUACGGUGAAACCACAUCCUACUGCCAUCUCAACACAGAUGUGCCAGUUCUGCAGCUGACCACUAUGCCCACCUUCGUCUGUCUCUGCUGUCCAUCACAUCCCUCAUUUCUGCAGUCAGACUGGAACCUGAUCAUGGAUGGGAAAGGGACAUUGAGGCUGUCCUUGCCUGAGUGCACAGAGAGGAUGAGGAAGACCAUGAUGACACCGCUGAACCACACAACCUUGGAGCAAGAGUGGGAGAACAUGUGUGGGAUAAUCUGGCUAUCGCUGUGUCUGCUCCAAACAUUUGUGUGCCUGCUCUCCAUGAACACAACUAACGAUGCUCUCACUGGCUCUGGGGUCACUGAUGAUGAAGAGACCACAGCAACAACCGGUCCGGAUGAGGCAGUAAGGGCAGGUGGACUGAUGGAGCGUCUCAUCCAUGACACUGGACCAUUUCCAGGAUGCUGCUGUGGACUUCUCUAUCCUCAGUGCACACACCAGUCUGCAGAUAUUUCAGAUCCUACAAAACUGCACAAACACAAUAGACAAGCAGGCCAAAUCCAUCUUAGUUUGCUCGCCUCCACUGGCCACAUUACUACAGAAGAGAGGGGACAUGAGAGCCAUUUCCUGUCCUGGGUGUGCGGCUCAGCACGAGAGCCGUCCAUCAAUCCUGUAUCUAUGGAAGUUGAUAUAUCACUGGGGGAUUCAGAGUUCACAUGGCUGCCAACAGCAGACACAAAGUUGGUGGCUGAGCAGGAGUCCGUUGAGACUGGAGUGUCCUCAUUGCGUUCAGGGAUGACUGCAUUCUUAUGGCAUAACUAUGACCUGUCUCUUCAGGAAAUCAGACGCCUCACACCUUCUGGUAUUGUGUGA